AUGGCCAUCUCAACACACGCUCUCUCCCAGAUUCGGCAAUACUCCACACGCGUACCUCGCGACCCGCGAUACCGACUAAAGGCUACACUCGCAACAACCUACGUGGUAUCUGCUCUUGCACUUCCCUUUGUGCCACCGCUUCUGGAGACUAGGAGAGCCAAGGCAGAUGGAAGUUACCUGACAAGGGAAAACGCGUAUUGCUCAUCACAAUAUCUCGGGUGCGCACGAUGA